GUAAAGAGUGUUCGUCCGAAGAAAUUCUUAUAAUUUUUUCGUUUUAUUAUUUUUUAAGUUUUUGUUAAUCGUUUCUUUUAUUUAUCAAUAACAAUUACUAAAAUUAACAAAAAAUAUGAGAUUAUCAUUAGUUUUUCUUGUGGCAAUUAGCUGCUUAAUUAUCUCAAUUAGUGCUAGCCCAAUUCAAAUUGUAGAGAAAAGUAAAGAAGUUAAGGAAUUUGUACCGAAUGAGGCGAGACAACAAAGCGGAGCUGUGCCAUCCGGCGGAGAUGAUGACGAUGACGAGGAUGAUGAUGACGAUGAAGAUGAUGAUAUCACUGACGUCUUAGACGACGACGAUGAUGAUGAUGACGAUGACGAUGAUGACUCCCCUGCUGACGAUGGAGAAGAUGAUGAUGAUGAUGAUGACGACGAAGAUUACUUUGAGCGCUUUUUCGAUGAUAUCUUAGGAGAUGACGACGACGACGACGACGAUGACGAUGUCAGUCCCUCAACUGGCGCCCAGCAACAACAAGUUGUUCAAGACUCUGCUCAAGCUGCCAACCAAGGCCCAACCAUCCAAGUUGGCGACGACAACUCGCCCCUCGUUGCUGAAGACUAUGCCGGCGACGUAAUUGACGAUGCAGCUGCCGAUGGCGUCACAAAUGUCGACAACAACAUCGACAUUAUCGCCAAGGAGCCCGAACCACAAGGUACUGCCCAACAAACCACUGCUGCCGUUAAUCAAGUUCAAGCCGACGAAGAAGAAGAUGACGAUGACGAUGAGAGCGACGAACUCGAUGACGUCUUGGAUGAUGCAAUUUCGCCCGUUGCCGAUUUAGAUGACGAGGAUUUGGACGAGGACUUGGGAGACGUACUUGAGGCACGCAAAGCACGUUCAAUUGAAGAUGCAACAGCUGCUCCUCCAGCAUUAGUUCAAAAAUAUAAUCGCUUCGUAGAUCAAAUUUUCGGCAAAAUUAAUCGGAUUCUUGGGCGAUCAUACGAUCCUGUGAGCGUUCAUUUGACCAAUUUUGAAGCUAAAAAUAACAAAGGCAAGGAAAAUAAGAGAUCUCACAACAGACGUCGAGGUCACAGUGAAGAACCAAAUUCCGAAGCAAGUCCUUCUCUCGAAACAUCUUCCGUCUCUUACGAAACCUCGAGCGUUGAAUCAAUUGAAGAAAAACCCGCAAAUGUCUCUGCUGAAUCCAAAAAUGCUUCCGAAGAGUCGAGUCGUCAACGAAAAAAGCACAAAAACAGCAAUCACGGAACUCUUCGUCCUGAAUCGAAGCAAAAACCGAAACAAACAAACGUUCGCCCAAGUCCCAAGGGAACUUUAUACGGCUUAAGCAGCAUCAAACGCAGCGGAAACGUAAAAGUUAACCAAAUGGCAGACUACACUUCCGUCAAAAGUAACUUCUUGUUAGGUCCUUUGAUCUUAAAAGUCGAAAAACAAUUCGGAAAAGGCACAAAACGCGAAUUACGUCUUGCUACAGCAACAACGCAAGAAAUGAUUGGUCGCAUUACUUUGAGAAUUGUCAACGGAGCCGCAUCUCUUCACAGCAUCAAAGUUCAACAACCAAAGCAGGUUCGCGUAGAUACACCCGACAAUCACGAUAGAACACGGGAAUAUGUGUGGAAACGGAGUUCUAACAUUGCACCUCUCGUCUCACAGAAACUCACAUCGGCAGUACGAAACAUGCUCCGACCACCGCCAAAGAACAAAACGAUGUAG